AGAUUCCAUCGCAUCGGGUUGCAGGAUCCUGAAACUUCCGAGUGCAAAGUAACUUAGCGUGUAUCUGGAUAGAAGGAACAUGGCCCAGUCAGACAGCAUGGGAUUACCCUUAGGAACCAAGAAAGGAGCUUAAGGCUGAGAGUGUUUUAUCUAUUUUUGUGUUGGACUUGUUUUGGCCCAUGAUGUCUUCUGCGUGUUUUGGAGAGUCAGCCAUUGCAGCAAGGACCCCAAAGGAGAGCUGUGGUUGAUAAGGACCCAUAAUCGCGUAUCAUGUGUCGUGUUUAAUGUACUUAUUCUAUGCUCCAGUUUGGGAGAGUCGGUAGCAAAAAGGACCCCUUAAUUUGGGAGAUCUGUAUAUGGCAAGGACCCCUUAAUUUGAGAAAGCUGUAUAUGGCAAGGACCCUUUUUUCGUGUCCAGCCAGGCGCGUUUGUGUGGGCAGAAGCCCGUUGUGAAUCUUGUGCAAGCAUUACAUGGCUCAGCUAGGCAGCUUAAGUCAUGCCGACGAACGCAGGACAGUUUGGAGUCGUCCAGGGCAGGAGCAGAUGUUUGUGGAAAACAGAUCGGACAAACCUUGCACGAGCUAACAUGAGCCCCCGAGCAGUUUGCGCAUGUAGGCGGACUUGAUCUCGGUUUGGAGCAGACUGUAGUUUCAUGGUUUCCAGCGCCCUUCAGACACCUAGGGCCUUUUAGGCAGUAGUUUCUGGAGUGUCGGAAACCCUGACAAUUGAAGCAUUGGACAGGCUCCUGGGUCCUGUGCAUCCUUUCCACUUUGAUGGUUUGAUUGUCCAGAACUUUCAAAGUGCUCCUGUUGUCCUGUUUUUCAUACACUGGAUGAAACGGGUCUGAUACCCAAUUUUUCGGAGCUCGUCUAUGAACCAUGCAUAAGAAUUAGAAGGACGUAGAUGACGUAUAACUACAAGAAAACCCCUAUCAGCUUGCGCCUGAGUUUCGUCACUCGCCGCAGUCAAGUCAGAGGGAAUCGGACAGGAGUCAAAACGCUGUUUUGGCAGUCACACCAGUAGGGAUUUGUCAAGGAGCCAGGAAACAUUUGAGACAGUCUCAACCCUCAUCAUAGCUUCGUCAGCUGGAUCUGGACAGGGAGCACGAGACGCAUCUGUGGCAGAUAUGUAGUUUCGUCCCUCGCCGCAGUCAAGUCAGACACCUGGACACCCUGAAGGCGCUGGCAGACGAGUUCGAGGAGCUGGAGGAGCAACGGGAGAAGUUAAAAAUGGAAAACCACUCCCAGAGGACACAGAACCGCCCAGUGCCAAGGCCAAGGGCAGAGCAGGGUGCGGUGUGUAGGCGGUGCCAGGAGGACACGGAGGCAUACGCCGCAGGAACACGGAUCACCAGCCGAUCGCAGUGGAUUUAUACAGAAUCCGGCCAACGCGUGUCGCAGAUGCGGGGGCGCGGACCAUUGGACGAAGGAGUGCCGGAACCGGCGACUCACAUUCUGCUGGCGAUGCGGAAAGAAAGGCGUCCGAACGGUGGAGUGCUGUUCGGAAAACGCGCAACGAUCCCAGCCUCCGAGGGGCGGCCAGGGAUCGUAAGGUGCUGCCUCUCAAAAAUAAUGGGCGACCUGAAGGCGGAAGAAAUGCAACUGUCCGCCACAGUGCUCAUAGGUGACGCGAACGUUAAGGCCACGGUGGACACCGGCGCGACAGCGAGUUUCAUCAGCAAAGAGCUGGCUGACAGGCUGCAGGCGGCAGGAAAGGUUGGACCCACAAAGAGGCAAGUACGGAUGGCGGACGGUAGAUGCGGAGACGUAAAAUCGCAGCUAGAAAUUCAAAUCGGACUGGGCACAAGAAAAGUGUCAAUGGAGCUGCUGAUCCUCCCAGGAUUGAUCGACGAACUGGUGCUAGGAUGGAACUUCCUCUCCAAAAUCGGAGCCGAGGUGAAAUGCGCAGGUCACAGAGUGAUGAUACCGGCGAGGGACAGACACCGAGCAGUCGUGGAAGCCUCGACUUAAAGGACGGGUACUGGCAGAUAACGUUGGAGGCAGCCAGCAGGCAGUACACCGCAUUCUGGGAAAGACCUGUUUCAAUGGAAAGUUAUGCCUUUCGGUUUUUCAGGAUGAUAUAAUCGUCAACGGACGGACACUAGAGGAGCACAUGCGGAACCUAAAGGAAGUAUUCAGAAGACUGCGAGCGGCAAACCUGAAAGUAAACGCUGAUAAGUGUAAAUUCUUCAGGAAGGAACUUCAAUACUUAGGGCAUCGCAUUAUAGACCAAGGCAUCGGGACGGAUCCGGAAAAGGUAUCAGCGAUAGCAUUGCUAAAACCACCGGCAACUGCCAAAAAACUACGGCAGUACUUGGGAGUGGCGUCGUGAUACAGGCGUUUUGUGCCAGAUUUUGCCACGCUAGUGCAUCCGCUGAACUCCCUUCUCCGAAAGGGUAUCAAAUGGGAAUGGACCGACGACCACCAGCAGGCCUUUGAAGCUGUUGGGCCGCUUCCUCGGUCGAAACACGGGAACUCGAUGCUACUAGUGCUCAUAGAUUGGUUCUCGAAAUGGACGGAAAUAGUGCCAUUGCGUAGGGCUACCACAGAGACGCUGGAAAAGGCAAUCCGGGAAAGGAUUGUCUCAAAGUACGGCGUGCCGAAGGUCUUGAUCACCGAUAACGGGGUGCAAUUCACGAGCAGGGCGUUCAAGCGGUUCUUGACAGAGUUGGGAGUGCGGCACUAGUUCACAGUCCCGUACACACCACAAGAAAAUCCCACGGAGAGGGCCAAUAGAACUGUAAAAACAAUGAUCGCCCAGUUUGCCGGACAAAACCAGAGAACGUGGGAUGAGAAAUGGCCAGAAUUGCAGCUGGCCGUGAACACCAGUGUAGCCGAGUCCACAGGGUAUUCGCCGGCAUUCGUCACGCAGGGUAGAGAGCCCAGGUUACCGAGCGCGUUGUUUGAUGAAGAAACUACCGGCACAGGAAAGGAAACCCAGACCCCUUCGGAAAAUGUGAAAAAAAUAAACGAAAUCUGCGAGCUGGUCAGAUGGAACAUGGAGAAGGCGACGCAGGAUCAGGCGCGCCUCUACAAUCUCCGGAGGCGCCCUUGGAAACCACAGAUCGGAGACACGGUAUGGGCCAAGGAAUACCAUCUACCCAAGGCGACAGAAGGAUUCGCGGCGAAACGUGCCCCCCGAUACGAGGGACCGUUUAAAAUAAUUAAUUUGACUCUCCGGUUAUUUGCAACCUUCGGCAGGAACACACGGGCAAAGAAAGGAAAAUACACAUAAGCCAGUUAAAACCGCAAAGCAAAGAGGGGCAGUCUUAACAAAUCCGGCGUAUCGGAGGAGCACUGUACCCUAACCGAAGAAAGGGGGAGGACGAUACACGGUAUCGAAAGUAACGGUCAAGCACACACACACAAGCACACAUCAGGAGCGCGAGAGAGGGACAGGGAGGGCUAAAAAGCCGGGUUGCGUAGGAGUCGUGUACACGGAGGGCACCGUUACUUUGAAACAUUACACGGACACAGAGCGGAGAGCGAGUCCCGUUACACGUCUCCGCGAAUAACGGAACCGAGGAUACGCGGAAGAACCGAGGUUUCGUCAGCGACGGCGCUGCAUGAUUCAGGUCUUUCCAAACAAGAUAGUCAACAUGAGCGCACGCAGCAGUAACACCCAACAACAAGUGGAGCACGAGGUGAGUGAGGAGCGCGCCAGGGAACAGCCAGUGGCGAAGUGGAGACGGGACUCCGAUUCCGUCCUCCAGCUUCUGGCGUCCCCCCUGGUGUCGCGAUCCCCGUCACCGGUCAGCGAGGCUGACGAGGAGUCCACCGGAGAGAUCUCGGACGUGGAGUUGCCGUCCGAGGAGGAGGCCGCAGGCACGAACGCGACGGAGAUCGCAGAGAUCUUCGCCAUCUCCGAUGAGAGUGGACCGGAGGACGGGAGUGAGGAGGAGAAGGAGGGGACGGAGACCGUCAGUCCCGAGGUGUCCCCGGACGAGGACGACGCGGCGCGGCGAGCUGCGAGGGACCUGAUGGUCUUCCGCCGGUUGAGCCGGGCGACGGCAGGGCUCGGGAGGAUCUGCCUAGGGCAGAUACCACCGUCGGGCGAGCCCAAAGAGUGGGCUCGUAUAUUGGAGGCGCGGGCGGUCACUGUCCGCCAAUGGGAGGCCCGGCGGGUGGCGAGGAGGGCAGCAGUCGCCGCGUGGCAGCAGAGGCUGAGGGACGCCGAGGCAGAGGAGGCCGCACUCUGGGAGCCGCAACCGCUGCAGGAGCAGCCGCCACAGGAGCAGCCACAGCCGCCGCAGGAGCAGCUGCAGUCGCCGGAGGAGCAGAUGCAGCCGCCGCUACCGCCACCACGUGCGCCGACGCCCCCACCACCGCCACCCCCACGAUCGCCGUUGCCGCUGCCACGCUCACCAUCACCACCACCAUCGCCGCCGCCGAGGCAGCAGGAGUGGCACCUAACUUACCUAACCUAACGGCAGACCUCGUGUCCGGAGCCCCGAGCCCCACCGGCGAGGCCGAUGCUGCGGAGACAGCAGUCGGAGGGCGCGGAACCGUGGUCGGAGGUUCCGGAGGCGGAGUGGCCGGCGCGGGUGGCCGAAAAAGCGCGACGGCAGCGAGGCAGGCGCAGGAAGGCCAGGUGGGCCAAGCUCAUGCUGGACGGAGAACAGCGCUACCGAGUAAAGGUAGCAGGGGGCCGCGUGCGGGUGUUUAAGGCCCAAUAAAUCGGAUCCCAACAUUAUGCCCAGCAGUUGCUAUUUGGGUAGGGGAUCACAACACAGCACAACACAGAAAAAAAGAGUGGUCCGCCGCAGCAGCCGAUCGUGGAACGGGGGCGGUGAGGUGCGAGGGGGGUAACUUGCUGCCGCAAGGGUCUUCCGGGGCACGCGGUCCAGGGUCAGCACCCCGAGACAUGUCAGGGGCAUCAUGGUCAUGGUGUCGCUGUAAAGAAAAAAAGUUCUUAAUUAAAGGAAAAUUACAAGCAGCAAGUUUACUUACCAGUUUUUUCAAAACAACGAGGCCGUGAGGAAAUUAGGGACGGGGGCGCCACGCGAUAGGCGGUCGAUCGAUAGUUGCGAUCGAUGGGUACAAAAAAAAUACUGGAUUUCUCAAGAAACGGUCACACGGAGGUAACUUAAGACAACGGAAACGAUAACGAUAACGGCAACAACGAUGGCAAUGAUGGACCCACUAUCGAUAAGUGCGAUCGAGACAGGGUCAGUAGAGUGGCCAGACGACGAAUCGGAAUGGUGAUUUCAAACACGGGGAAAUGUCGGGGCGGGAAAUUCAAAUUCUACUCGGGGAAUUGUCUUAGGAACGAGAAGCAGUUUUGGGAAAGUUCAAGUCUUUCGGGGAACUGUCUGGGGAACAGGCUAACGCAGCACAGCCAUGGGAAGUUAAAGGUCUUUCAGAACGCUGUCUGGGGGGAGUUUUACGAGGACAGUUUAGGGAAAAUUGAAGUCUUUUGGGGAACUGUAUGGGGUCACGAGGAGAACGAGUUUGGCGGGGAAUUUGAAUGAACGAACAACAGGGGCGGAGAGAUCACCACUUUCAUAACAUUUCCGAAGAAAGGGGGAAAUGUGAGGAGUCUUAAAACUCCCCACAAAUUCCGAGGCAGGAGAGCUGCAUAGCAACAGCGAAGGAGGCGAGAAUGCCGGAGGAGUCAAGGGCAACAAGGUCAAGCAGUAAACAACGGAUCUUGGACCCGGGCAAAGCGGAGACACCGUGAAAUAACGGUACCACGCUGGACAUUGGAACCUCAAGGGCAACAGGGUCGAACGGUUAAUUGGCGGACUUCGGACCCGCACAAAGAGGACGCACCGUGAACUAACGGUGCGGCAAUGGACCUUGGACCCGAUCACGCGAGCUGGAAAAGGGAAAUAACGGGACCAUCACAGGCUAUAAAAGGCGGCGCAAGCGCAGCACACAAGGAAGUAAUAGUGCGAGAAUCAAAUCGAGUGCGUGUACGCGAGUACCAGGAUCAAGAUCGCAAAGUCGAGACGCCGAACUACUGAGAGUCUACAAGGCUGAGGCUCAGGGAGUCCUUGCGUGGAGUCUGCGAUAUAGUUUGCUGGGCGAAGAGGUCGAACCUAGUUCAACCUGCUAGGCGAUACAACUUGCCGACACAAUCCGGACCAACUUAGGGAGCCUGCGAUAAAGGUGGCUAGGCGAAAAGGCAGAACCUCGUUCUACCUGCUGGGCGAAACACACCACGUCACGAGUCAGAUACCAGCAAGCAGUCGACGACGAGGAGCGACGCCGCAGAGGACGACGACGAGGAGCAGCAGCAGCUGAAGAGCCGCGAGGCUUGUAUAAGGAGACGAAUAAAGACAGUUACGAGGCCAACAGAACUCUGGCGUUAUUCUUUGGUCAAAGGCAAUCACCCAAUAUAAAUUUGGUGGAACGAACCCAUAACCUCUCUGAGCUAGCCGCCCGUUAACGUAGCGAGCGAGAAUACAUAGAAAUCAGGUCGUUACAGUUUUUAUAAUUUAUAUAUAUUUAUACGCAGUCUCAUCCCUCAUCAUAGCUUCGUCAGCUGGAUCUGGACAGGAGCACAAGACGCAUCUGUGGCAGAUAUGUGUAGAUUUUAAUUUUUUU